CUCUCCCUCUGAACUGUGUAAUCAUUAAUCCCACCCGUUGUGCAGGCAUAGAGAAAGAUCCCCGGCGCACGCCCUCCUCCUCCUCCUCCUAUUCCUCCUCUUAGUGAUGGUCUGCUUCUGCGGUGCGAAGGGUUUGCACGUCUGAACGGUUUAAAGCUUUCGAUCACAGACGCAUGUGUGUGAAUCAGAGGUGAAAAGACUUUCCCAGAGCAUCACUGGCCUCACACACUCUCUCAGACACACACACACAUAUAGCGAGUGUAUAGAGUAGAGACCGCUACGCUUGACACUCAGACAAAAAAAAAUUGUGUCAAGUGCAGAAAGGCUGCAAUGGAGGAGAACAUGGAAGAAGGACAGACACAGAAAGGUUGCUCUGAGUGCUGUAUUAAAUGCCUGAGCGGGAUUCCUUACGCUUCUCUCAUCGCCACCAUCCUGCUGUAUGCUGGCGUGGCGCUCUUCUGCGGCUGUGGGCAUGAGGCUCUCUCCGGCACCGUCACCAUCCUGCAGACCUAUUUCGAAAUGGUCCGAUCAACAGGCGAAACCCUGGACGUCUUUACCAUGAUUGAUAUCCUGAAGUACGUGAUCUACGGCAUGGCUGCAGCAUUUUUCGUCUACGGGAUCCUGCUGAUGGUCGAGGGCUUUUUCACCACUGGGGCCAUCCGUGACCUGUAUGGAGAUUUCAAGAUCACGACCUGUGGGCGCUGCGUGAGCGCUUGGUUCAUCAUGCUGACCUAUGUCUUCAUGCUGGCCUGGCUGGGCGUGAUGGCCUUCACCUCUCUGCCAGUCUUUAUGUACUUCAACAUCUGGAAAACCUGUCAGAACAUGACAUUGAUUGAGGGAACCAACUUCUGCUUCGAUCUGCGCCAGUUUGGAAUCGUAACCACUAGCGAAGACAAGAAAAUCUGCACCAGCACCGAGAGCUUCGGCAAUAUGUGCCAAUCUAACGAGCUGGAUCUGACGUUCCACUUGUUUGUCUGUGCUCUGGUGGGGGCAGGAGUGGCCGUCAUCGCCAUGGUGCACUACCUGAUGGUCCUGGCGGCGAACUGGGCCUACGUGAAGGAUGCGUGCCGCUUGCAGAAGUAUGAAGACAUCAAGAGCAAGGAGGAGCAGGAGCUACAUGACAUCCACUCCACUCGCUCCAAAGAGCGCCUCAAUGCCUACACAUAAGCCACACACACAUACACACGCGCACACACACACAAAACCCCAAGCAUGCCCUUUACCUUCCCUGAACAAAACACACACACACACAGACACACAUAUACAUAUAUAAUGAUAUGUAAUGAAUUUGAUUGUUUAGAGGACCAGCGGCAGGAUGAACACACACACACACACACACACACACACACACACACACACACACACACACACACACACACACACACACACACACACACACACACACACACACACACACACACACUUUUUACACUUUUUACUGUUUCCAUGAAAUUUUCUUUUUUUUCUUUUUUUUACUUUUCUUUUUUUCUUAUCUUUUUUUUUUCUUUUCUUUUCUGCCUCGUCGGUUGUUUUGUUGGCUCCUAUCUGUUAAAGUCGCUUCACAAAAUUUGUACAUCUAUGAUGCAGCACCGAAAUCGAUUUCAUACAUUUUUAGCUGAAGACAAGCUCCACCCACUAGCUCCUAAUUUGCAUACAAUUUACAUACGAUCAUUACAUACGAUUCGCCCAUCAUUUGCAUUUAUUGUAAACAAUUGUAAAGUUACUCCAAAGAUUGUUUUGACCGCAAGCGACUUUAACGAAUAAGAGCCAUUCGUCUUAAAAGAUAUCACACCGACAACAUGUCAAACUACUGUUUUUAUACUUGUGGAGCUUUUAAUGAUCCAGAUCUGUUUUUUUAUUUUAUUUUUUUUUAAUGAACCAGAUCAGAGGAAAGAGGAUGAUGAUUUUUCAUGUCUGAUAAUAUAAGCAGAAAAUGAGCUGCAUUUUUAGCUACUCUAUUAUUUAUACUUCUGGUAUAAAUAAGACGAGUCUAACAUUUUUAAUCUCAGCAUAAAAAUUAAACUCCUUGAUAUUUCUCAGAAAGGGUUUAUUAAAUAUUAUACACAAACUUUAAAUGUCGGAUUUUUAUCCCUCAGCUUGCAGUAUGACUAUUUUAGCAAAUUAACUCCUGGACAUAAUCACAGUCCUUAAAAUUCUGAAAAGCAGUUUGCGUAAAUAAACCUGAUUAUUUUUCUAUGACAUUAACCUCAUUUACGUGGUUUUACUCGCCUUCCUGCGUCGUAUUUUUUUCUAAUCGUCCAAAGCUAAAAUGUGACCAAACUUGUACGAUUUCACAGAUUCUUCUCCAGCAAACUCUUUUAAACCUUAGAAAAUGUCUUUUUACAAAAAUUUCAAAAGUUGUAUCUUAGUUGUCGUCAAGUCUGAGAAACAUACGCUUAUAAGAACAUGAAGAAGCUGUGACGCUGGUGCUUCGUCUCAAACGGUUUUUAAAAGCUAUAAAGUUUGCGCGUUUGCUCAAAAAAUUUAGUUGGAGAAAAUUUCUGGAUUAAAUAAACAUUCAAAUGAAAUCAUAAAAUGAUUUUUUUAUCGCUCAAUUGUAGCUUUUUAUUUUAAGUGAAAUAUUUCAUGAUGUUAUUUGACACUGGUGCUUCGUCUCAGGCUGUCCGUCAAGCUGAAAAGUGCACAAUUUUGCAUCCAGAAAGAAUAUUAUUAUUAUUAUUAUUAUUAUUAUUAUUAUUAUUAUUAUUAUUAUUAUUAUUAUUAUUAUUAUUAUUAUUAUUAAAAAAACAAUUGGAAACUUGCUACAUUGGGACAAAAAUUAAUUUGCUUGACAUUUAGAAUUACAUUCCGGUGAUGACUUAAAUUAAUAAAUCCGUGUUACAAAAAUGUCUUUAUUAUGAAUAAUAUUUAAUUAUUAACUUGCAUUGAGUACUUUAAACUUCUUUUGUUGUUUUUUUUUUAUGUAAAUUUGGAAACUAUAAAUGAAUAAAAUAAACAUCAGAUAAUAAUAAUAAUAAUAAUAAUAAUAAUAAUAAUAAUAAUAAUAAUAAUAAUAAUGAUGAUGAUGAUGAUGAUGAUGAUGAAUAGUCUCUCUGAGCUUAGUUAGAAUUGUGUGAGUAAAAUUUAAAUUUGAAAUAAAAGUGAGAACUUGGUGCUGUUCGAGCUCCUGGUUUAGAUUUGCCUUGGAGAGAUUCUGUAGAUUCUUCUGUCAUCCAUCACAAGCCAUAAUCUCACUAACUAUAACCUCUGCCAUGUUUCUUUUCUUUGCUUUUCUUUUCUUUUCUUAUUUUUCAGCUUUUAAAUGUUUUAAACGCUUAAAGGCACGAUUCAGUAGAACUGGAACAUCCUCUACACUGUACAUACACACGAGACAUCUAGAUCAGUGCACACAUCUGUUUUUCGGCUUUUCAGAAGAGUUUCAGACACUCGCUGAUGUUUUGGGUGAAUAAUGUGGAACACAAAUAUGGAAUAGAUCAAGAAUUACAGUUAUUUAUUUUUUUUAAGUAAUAAAUAAACUAUGCUUGUUGUUUUGGAUUAAAUUGAUUAGAAUAAUAUAAUUAGAAUCCUAAUGAAAAACAUAAAUCUAAUAAAAAAAAACUGUAAAACAAAAACAAUAUUUGAUUUGAUUAUUUGCUCCAGACAUGAUCGAUUCAGUGCCCUGUUUCUUCUUGUCUAUAUUUAAUCCAUUAAAUUUUAUUUGAUGGUUUGAUCUAUAAAGAUCUGGACCAAACCCUUUGGGCUGGAUUUAGCCACCUGUAACUGCCCUGAGUGUCUCCUGAUUCAGAACCUGACGCCGUCCUCUUUUUAUCUUCUCAUCCAUUUUGAUUUAGUUUGAAAGUUUUUUUGUUACGUUUUUAAGCGUUUGAAUUCAUUGGUAAGUCGCUGUACAGUUCAAUCUCCAGCAUUGUUUUUUACAGCUAACUGAACAAUAAUUAACAAAUAAAUAAAUAAAUCAUUGUAUUAGCUAAAGACUGUUGAGUCUAGUUGUUGUUUGUGGCAUGGUUAUAAAAUAGUUUUUAACUGAUUACAAACAAAAAAACAAACAAACAAACAAAAAAAAGCAAACAAAUAAAUGAGACAAAGGAUUAUUUUACUUUUUACACUGACUGUCUUGCUUAUUUCUUCUCUUUCUCCUCCUCCUCCUCCUCCUCCUCCUCCUCCUCCUCCUCUAGUGUGCAGUAUUCAAGUAGAUAAUGGAGCAGUCUUAAAGUAUAAAUAUCUUACUUGGUUGUAGUGUUUGAGUUUCGUCCUAGUUUGAAGCAGAAAACAAAACGUUCUGAUGUUGCAUAUACAGUAUUCAUUUCUCUCUCUCUCUCUCUCUCUCUCUCUCUCUCUCUCUCUCUCUCUCUCUCUCUCUCUCUCUCUCUCUCUCUCUCUCUCACUCGUCAGUCUUUUAUAUUUUCACUUAGAAUGCUUUGUUGCUGGCUGUAAAUUUAAUGAGUUUUUGUACAUACAUGUGCCAACAGCUUGACAGUGGCUUUUUCUCCCCUUUUUUCUUCAUUUUUUUUGAACUGUAGAAUUAAACCUGCUUGCAGAAAUAAAGACACUUGUGUACUUGUUAAAAAAAGAA